AUGGGAUGUGGCGUGGGAAAAUCCAGACCUCAUCCAGAAAAAUGUGACAGAGUGAGCAUCUCAGUCCCAGCUGCUACAGCAAUCAGAGCAGCUCUGUUGAUCCAGCGCUGGUAUCGACAAUAUGUAGCUCGGCUGGAGGUGAGACGCAGGUGCACCUGGAACAUUUUCCAGUCUAUUGAAUAUGCAGGAGAACAAAAUCAGAUAAAGCUAUACAACUUUUUUGCCUUCUUGAUGGAUCAUUUUACUCCAGCCAGUAGUGAGCGAAACAUAAUAUCUCACAUUUUUCGUGAGAAUGAAAUCUGUCACGAGACCGAGUGGGAAAGAUAUUUUUGUUACAAGGGCGUUGAGGUGUCUGAAAGCUACUCCGGUCCCCAUCUAACCUUCCCAAUGACCUUCUGUGGGGUGUCAAAGCUUAUGGAGGCUUUUAAGCAGAAACAACAGCUCCACGCUCGGUAUGUUCUGCAGAUUCUUGGAGAGACUUGGAGACUUUUACGAUUUCUUCCAAGCAUCAAUCGUGUCUCUGUCUGCCAUACCAAGGAGAUUACUGUUUGUGGAGACUUGCACGGGCAGUUGGAAGACCUGCUGUUGAUAUUCUAUAAGAAUGGUUUACCAUCGUGUGAGAAACCGUAUGUCUUCAACGGCGACUUUGUGGAUCGUGGCAAGAACUCUUUGGAGAUUCUGCUCACCUUGUUUGGUUUCCUGCUUGUUUACCCCAAUGAUGUGCAUCUGAACCGAGGGAACCACGAAGACCAUAUUGUUAACCUGAGAUAUGGUUUCACAAAAGAAGUUCUGGGGAAAUACAGGGUUCAUGGGAAGAAGAUUUUAAAGCUUCUUCAGAAGAUCUUCAGCUGGCUUCCUGUGGCCACAGUGAUCAACCACAAGGUGCUGGUUGUCCAUGGAGGGAUCUCUGACUCAACAAACCUUGAUGUUGUCACCAGGAUGGAUAGACACAGAUAUGUGUCUGUUUUACAGCCACCUAAGAUGAGCUAUGGCAACAGUAGCAGGAACGGAGGUGCCGGUGGACCUGUGGAGAGCCGACGUCGAGUGCGCUCCCUGACAAACCACAGCUUCUCUCAGGUUCAGAGAAGCAUCUCCCCAUGGCGGUCUCUCCACAGCCUACCCAUAAGCAAUGACCUGAGCAGCUCGCUGAAGAACGAGCUGAAGGAGAGGCGCAGGCUGGCGGGGUUUGAUCAGGCCUACAGAGAGAUGAAGGCACCAGAUUCUGAUCUGGAACCAGGGUUUGGAGCAGGAGCAGGAACACAUGGGAAUGAAUGGAAGCACAUGAUGGACCUGUUGUGGAGCGAUCCAAUGCCACAGAAUGGCUGCAUCCCCAAUGAGGUGCGAGGAGGCGGCUGCUACUGGGGGCCAGAUGUCACCGAGGAGGUGCUGGGAAGACACAACCUCCAGCUUCUUAUCCGCUCCCAUGAGUGCAAACAGGAUGGCUACGAGUUCUGUCACAAUCGCAAGGUGCUGACAAUAUUUUCAGCCUCCAACUACUAUGAGGUGGGCAGUAACAGAGGCGCGUACAUCAGAAUGGGCCCAGACCUGGUCCCCCACUGCAUCCAGUACCAGGCCAGCAGGACAUGCAGAGAGCUCACCUUGAGACAGAGUGUCAGCUGGACGGAGAGGUCAGCGCUGCGAGCUCUGAAGGAGCAGUUGUUUGUACACAAGUCAGACCUCAUAAGCGCCUUCAGAGAGUUUGAUCCAAACAAAACAGGGAUGAUCUCUCUGAGGCACUGGGCGACCGCUACAGAAAGCAUCCUGAAGCUGGGUCUGCCUUGGAGGAUGCUGCGCCCUCAGCUUGUCAGCAGGACCCAGUAUGGGAUGGUGAACUACCAGCAGUGGAUCAGAGAGCUGUCCAUCACUGAGCCCAAACUAGAGGUGUCAGAUACGAGUAUCUUGGAGACUAUGUACAAAAACCACUCCAACCUGGAAACCAUUUUUCGCAUUAUAGACACAGAUCAUUCAGGUUUGAUCUCUUUUGAGGAAUUCCGUCAGACCUGGAAACUCCUGAGCUCCCAUCUUAAGAUGGAAAUCAGCGAUAAGGCCAUCGCAGACCUGGCCCAGAGCAUGGACUUCAACAAGGAUGGCAGCAUCGACAUCAACGAGUUCAUGGAGGCUUUCAGGCUGGUGGACCUCUCCACACACAGCUGAUGGUCCAGAUCUGGAGC